AUGGAAUUCGUGGAUGAACAUUUUGGAAUAAUUUGCUCGAAAACGGGCGCCGGUAAUCUGUCCGAAUCUUUCACAUGUCUUAGGAAAGUAAUCAUCGAGGAAAAGGAAUGUACCGCUAUCAUACGAUAUAAUAGCACUGGGAUAAUUCAUUGUGAUCAAAUGUCGCACUUUUUUGAUUGCUUACUGGGUGCUGUACAACGGAAAUGUACCCAGGAGACACAAUUCUUCUUUGCUGAUAUAAUUACAAAUUUCGGUUGCACUGCUAGUUUAAACCAUUAUAAAUGUUAG